GGAUCCUCGGAUCGCAGGAUUCGGUAAAACAAGUCCGGCUGCUUUCUCCGCUGGGCCGGUGGUGAUGAUGGUGUCGGCUCUCCAGCUUCCCACCGAGCUCUGGCUGCAGGUCUUCAGCUUCCUGUCCUGGAAGGACAAGCUGAGUAUGCGGGGGACGUGCUCCCACUUUAAGCGGCUGAUGGACGGAUCGCUGCCCCUGUGGCGGGGCUGUAGCGUGGUGCUGAGGGAUCUCUCCCGGUACAACCGCGCCUUCUGGCGGAGCCUCGCUCGGAGGCAGCUGAGCAGCGUGUCCCUGCGGGCAGGGAGGAAGAAGGACCUGAAGCUCCUGGCUGUGUGGCUGCCUCUGCUCCAGGAACUGCGGCUGGACAGCUGGAGAGGAAGCGAAGUGCAGGAGCUGAGGCGGUUCCGCCACCUGCACCGCCUGACCCUCACCGCCUGCUCCACGCCGCUGGCCAACCUGGACUUCCUCCUUCCUCUGAGCGAGCAGCUGACGGAGCUCAGCCUGUGCAACAUGAAGCUCACCUGUCCUGCCUCUCAGCUGCUGGCCCGCAUCUCCCAGCUGACUCGUCUCAGGUCUCUGCUGCUGCACCAUGAUGGCAAUCUGCUGAUCCCAACACUCAGAGGUGUCCUCCCUCAACUGGUCCACCUCCAGUCUCUCUCCUGCACCAUGAUCAACUACAAGAGGCUGACCCUGGACUUCUUCCGCCCUGCCACCGGCGCAGGUGGCGGUGCCUCUCUGCCUCUAACGGAACUGCAGCUGCUGAAUUAUGAUGCUGCUGUGACACAGGAGGUUCUGCAGCCUUUGGCCAAUCUCCGCAGCCUGUCAGUCUUCCACCUUUACUCUGUGCCCGGACCCAUCUGUCACCUGCAGACAUGGCUGACAUCACUGCCACAACUCUGCAGCCUGAGUGUGCACGGAGGCCAUCCGCUGGCAGUGUACGCUGAUUUCCUCCCAUCCUCCCUUCUCAGCCUAACUCUUUGUGUGGACCUUCAGCCUGAAGACCUGCAUGUGGUUUCAGUCAGAGCUCCUAACCUUCAACACCUGCAUUUGGAGCCGUGGAGCUCCUCCUCCAACCUAGUCAGAAUGCUCCCACAGCUGUUCCCUUGCUUAAAGACACUGGCAAUCAGGCAUCAUCACGUGUUGGAUGAAGACUUCCUGGGUGUCCAUCAGCUUCAGCAUCUAAAAACUCUGGAAGUUUUGGAUUCAUUUUACAGGCCAGACCCAAAUGACCCUAGCUUGGUUGUCUACAAGCCGAGUCCUCGUUUGCUGCAGCUGAUCUCUGACCUGCAAAAACUCACCAAUCACAAAAUCAGAGUUAUCACCAGUUCACACAGAGAUCUUCUCAGGUGUGGAUGUAUCUGACUACAGACUAGAGUCAACAGCUCUAAAAAUCUCUAUGUAUCUAUUUUCAUUGAAACAGAUCAGGGCCUGCUGCAGUCCCUCAUCUUAUUUUUGGGAUUCUGAUUUUGAUCUCUGUCCCUGUGAUGUGAACUGCUUUUUGGAUCGCUGCUGUUAUCCCAUGCCUCCGCCCCCUGUGGUUUUCUCCAGUAAUGUCCAUUCUCAGCUCUGGGUGGGUCUGAAGUUACUGUCACUGAGAUUGUCGUCUCUGUUUAACCAUUCAGGGGGGGACUUGCGGGUGUGUCACUGUCCUGCUGUUUAAACCCAGUGUGCUUGGGUUUAAGGCCAGGCAAAUGUGCCGGUGCUUCUCUUUUGGUCUGCAGUGGGAUUAGUCCUUAGAACUCUUCCAGGGACGCCAUUUUUCCCAAUCUUUUUCUAAUUGUUGAAAAUCCUCCAAAGGAACUGAAUUUGAACACCUAUGCAAAGCAGAAUGAGCCAAAGAAUGUCUCCCCUGGGAUGUUGGAGACUAUAACCAGUUAUCACGAACACUUGAUGGCAGUUGUUGAUGCCAUGGGAGUAACAGCUAUUUGUUAGGUUAAGGGUGGAAUUACUUUUUCCUGUAGGGUCAGGUUGGUUUGGAUCAUUUUGGAUAGCCAGGUUGUCCUUGAUGUUUAAAUUUGAUCUGAAAGAAAAGCAAAUGUCACAAAAAAGACAGAAGCUUUUUGAGGUGAACAGAGAAAGGCCUCCUGGGCGUUGCUUUACGCCUGUCCCUACUGCCCCACGGCUUUUUUGUAACAUUGAUACUUUAUAGAAAUCUGCGUAAAAUGGUAAAUGAUAAAAAUGCGUCAUUCUAUAUAAAAAAAAUAAAAGAAGAAAAAUAUAAAAAAUGUUUCUAUAACUGGACAUGCAAGAUUGUCUUAGAUACUGUUAAGGAGUAAUCCACCAGGACAAAAGUCUGGAUCACACAUCUACUAAUAAAAUAAGGCAGAGCCUCUCUGCUAUCUGCUUUGCUGUUCAUGUUUGACAAAACCUUUUCAUUUCUCCUUGCCACUGAAAAGGGGUGUGUUCACUCCAAACUCCUCUCGAGUCAUUGCAGUUUGACUUUGGUCUUCAGCAGAGCUGGAGGAACCCAGGCUGGCCCUGAAAAAAAAAACUGCUCCUGAAACACUUGGCAGUGAGUGGAGCGGUGUGCGGCCAUUAAGAGCCGGUGAAACCGGGCCUUUAUUGCACAGUUGUCUUGCUCUGACAGCUAGGAAGCCUUUCACCAUGUUGCCUUGAUCCUAGCCUCCUCUUCCAUCAGUAGUACAGGUGCUUCUUACAGUCUGCAUUAGACUCAACAUCCUAAGACUAACUGCUGCUGUCAUCUCAGUGUUUACUGCACUAGUGGAACUAGAGUAAUGCACUAUAGUUAGAUCUUACGUUAACAGCAGACUUACAAAGCGUGUAGGCCAUAAGUCUCCAACUUAAACUGUACAUGGAUGGAAUUUACACAGCACUUUUCUGUUCACACUAAAGCCACAUUGACAGAUGUAGAGGCACUCAGAGCUGUGAAUAACUUGUUGAGAAGUGCCUUUGCUCGGCUGGAAUCUAACCCACAGCUCUCCACCUGCAAGAUGCCACAUGAGUAGAUCAUCUUAUUUCUCAGGUCUCAUGCACUCCAGCUCUUGACAGCCUAGUAUGGAGCUUGGUGCUCACUGUCAGGUGGUAGGGAUAAUGACAACAGGGUCCUUUUGCAAAAAAUGAAACUCUGCUUCUUAAAUGUUGGGUUUUAUAGGACCCUCAUCCUCUCCAUGCAGCCUGUUCCGUUCCCUUUGGUUUUAAUAACUGCCCAAUGGUUGGCUGUUAUCUGCUCUAGCCAAUUCAAUUCAGUUUAUUUAUAUGGCACCAGUUCGCAAUACAUCUAACCUUAAAAACAUAAACUCUUUUCUUUUCAACCAUAAUGACAGGUUAAAAGGUUUUCUAUCUAAGGAAACCCAGCAGAUUGUAUCAUUGACUUGCAGCAUUCACACCUCCUGGAUGAGCCUGCAGCCACAGUAGACAACUGUCUGCAUUGCUGUUGAGUUUGCAGGAAUCCCUCAUGGCGAGCAUGCAUGUAGCGACAGUGGAGAGGAAAACUCCCCUUUAACAUGAAGAAACCUCCAGCAGAAUCAGAACCAGGCUCAGUUUAAAUGCUCAUCUGGAUUAACCGACUGGGAGUGUGAGAAGACAGAGCAGAGACACAAAAAAGCACAGAAGCAGUUGUCCUCAUCAUGCUGUUGAGAUUUAACUAAAGAAAUCUGAUAGUGCCUAAAGUUUCCCGAUAAACUGCUUUUUGCACUUUUCAAUUGUUUUGUUUAUUUUUUGAAUGGAAUGAUGUACUGUUUUUUAUGCUUGAGGUAUUUUUGUAUUACUGACAAGUUUCUAGUUUUGGCACCAAUGUCUGUUUUUUUUUUUUUUUUUUUUUAAGUUUGAUUUUUUAUUGUAACUUUUUGUGUGGCUAAAUAAAAUCCAUUUCUGGAAUAAUGGUACUUUAAAAACAUA